AUGCGGCAAAAAUAUUUAUUCAAUGUGCUCUUAGCGCUGGCCUUCAAAGGAUUAUUGGCUGCCACACUGACACUAUGUGAGAACGAGAAUGAUGCAGACAAUGCCUGUGGCAGCUUCUGCUAUAAGGCCUUCAAGCCUAUGCUGGAGCAUAUUAGUCUAAUGGAUCAGAGCUGUAACAUUACUCAGCAAUCAGUUACACAGGAGCGACUCCUGGCAGCUGAGCAGCAGUUGCUGCAAGAAAGACACAAGGUAAAUGACAUUGAGCACAAGAUGGCUGCCACCAAAGAGGAGUUGGCGAAACAAAAGAAGAUUAUGGAGCAGGCAAUGUGCAGUACGCCGUUCCAGAAACUUGGCAACAAGUAUUAUUACAUUGAAGAAAGUCAGAAGGUGAAUUGGUUCGCCGCUGCGCACAGAUGCCAUGAGCUUGGGUCCCAUUUAGUUAAACUGGAGAGCCUCAAUGAGCUACAUCUUGUGAGCGCCAAGCUCAAGAGUUCAAACGUCUACUGGGUGGAUAUGAACGAUUUGAGCAAGGAGGGCGAAUUCGUAUCGCUGACAACGGGAGUAAAACCAGAGUUCCAUGACUGGCAUAAAGAUGAACCAAGCAAUGGAUAUGAAGGAGGGGAGAAAAAUGGAGAGCAUUGUACUCCAGAGACCGAGAAAGAUGCAGUCAAUGCUUAUGGCCUUAAGAACGAGAAUGAUGCAGCCUAUGAUUGUGAUAGUUAUUGCUUUAACGUAUUGAAGCCCAUGCUGGAGCAUAUUCGUCUACUGGAACAGCGCUGGCAGAGCUGCAGGCUUAGCUCAGCAAUCAGUUGA